AUGCUCAAGCGUCCCGGCCCACAUGACCGUGAUGGGCAAAAAGGAAAACUCAAUGGGGAGGUGACGCGAGAAGAUUAUAAAGAGCGAGAAGUCUACGUCGGCGUAGGGCUACCCGUUACGAAGAUGGAGGGUAGCGACGGGAAGAAACAACUGACCAAUGGGAUGCAACGUGUCCAUCGGAUUUUAACCGAAGAAGAGCUGAACCAGGGGAAGUCGACACGGUGGAUGGAGUUGGAAAUACACGGACGAGUUCGGAAUCUGGCGCCAAGCAUGUUCAACAACUACAGCCACAUCACGGCCCUUUUCAUGAACGGCAACCAGCUGACACGAAUUCCGCCGGAAAUUUCCUCACUGAGCAACCUGACCCUCCUCGACUUGUCGCACAAUAAAUUGAAAUCGCUGCCGGUGGAGCUAGGGGACAUGAUCUCAUUAUGCUCACUCUACCUGAACAACAACCAGCUACGUGUUUUGCCGUUCGAGCUGGGGAAGCUGUUCCGGUUACAUACGCUAGGUCUCGGAGGGAACCCACUGUCGCCGGAGAUUGCCAAAAUCUACCAGGAAACGAAUGGCCAACAAAAGCUUCUGCAGUUCCUUCUCGAUCACUUAGCCAUUAACACGGUUCCGCCGCCCGACCGCAGCUGGAUGAUGAUCAGACACGCCGAUUUGGACAGGCCAAUUGCGACCUUCACUGUCCUCUGCUACAACGUCUUAUGCGACAAAUAUGCGACAGCGCAAGCCUACAGCUACUGCCCGAGUUGGGCGUUGAAUUGGGAAUACCGGAAAAAUUCGAUCAUGAAAGAGAUCCGCAAUUAUGAAGCCGACAUCAUUACGCUGCAAGAGGUGGAAACGGAACAGUUCAAGCUUCUCUUCAAUCCCGAAUUGAAGCAGCUGGGAUAUUCGUCGGUCUUUUCUCCAAAGUCCCGCGCGAAGACGAUGAAUGACGAAGAGAAGAAAUACGUCGAUGGUUGUGCGAUUUUUUGGAAAGCCGAGAAGUUCGAACUCGAAAAGGAGCAACUGAUCGAGUUCACCCAGGUGGCGAUUCAGAAGGCCAAGUCUUCUGAGCACAUGCUGAACCGUGUGAUGCCAAGGGACAACAUUGCGCUGUGUGCCGUGCUACGGGUGAAAGAGAGCGUAUACAACAACAGACGUGUCUCGAUGACCCCCGGUGAAUCGGUCGUUGGAUGCCCUCUCGUUGUCUGCACAGCUCACAUUCACUGGGAUCCCGAAUUUUGCGAUGUCAAAUUGGUGCAAACGCUCAUGCUGACGUCGGAAUUGAACCGGCUGUUACAAGAGGUUUCGGAUAGGUUCCGUAUGCAACAGAGCCAGAUCCCGGUGCUCAUCUGCGGUGAUUUGAACUCGCUUCCAGAUUCUGGUGUUUUCGAGUUCCUGUCGAAGGGUCACGUUGCGCGGCAGCAUCCUGACUUCAAGCAGUUCAAGGACGACUCUAUCCUGGACAAAUUCUCCGUUUCGAACGACCCAUCUCAAGUUGGACAUACCCUACGCUUGGACUCCUCCGUGGACACCUCAUCGGUGCCGUUUACCAACUACACGCUCGACUUCAAGGGCGUUAUCGACUACAUCUUUUCCACGCCACAGUCGCUGGCAAGACUUGGCGUUCUGGGUCCGUUUGACAUGCAAUGGGUACAGCACAACAAGAUCAUUGGCUUCCCCCAUCCGCAUGUCCCGUCCGAUCAUAUACCGAUAAUGGCCCAAUACGCCAUCAUCCCGACAUCACACCAGCAGCAGCACCAUAACUCAAAGGCUGCCAAUAACAACCAUCAACCGCUGGGCCUGAACUCGCUCUACUCCGGACCGCAGUCGUUUGGUCAACUCAACUUCGGUCGA